GUGUGUGUGUGUGUGUGUGUGUGUGUGUGUGUGUGUGUGUGUGUGUGAGCGUGUGAGAGGAACAUACUGGGUGAGGUGUUGCAGCUCUGUGGGUUUGUCUCUGUGGCAUAAAAGGAGCGUUUCCAGAAUAUGACGGAGCGGCACACGAGGGCGGGGUCUGUGGUCCGCACCGGCCAAUGCGGAGCCCGGGUGGCGCUGUCAAACACAGCUGAUCGAUGAGUCAGGGGGACAGACGCCGAAAAGGUCACACUUGUUGCUGAGCAGGAGCGGCUAUCGUCAGCUGACCGCGCGGCUCGGAUCCAUCCUGCACCGUGUGCGCCCCCGAGAGCGGUCCGCGAACGCAACAAGGAGUCCUCAGCCCCCCGAUUCGGAACCCGGACCCGGAUCCCUCCAGGAGCUGCUUCCUCCUCAAACCUCCUCAUCCUCUUAGGUUUCCAGGAAACACUGGUUUGAUGUCUGCGUCAGCCCCGUAUCCAUGGCCGUGUGGACGCAUCAGUCUGCUGGGUGGACUCCUCCUCCUCCUCCUGGCCUCCUCCCCGAUCCUCGCUGCAGGCAGACUGAGCAACUGCUCCCACCCUCUGGUGCCGGAGCACGGAGGUUUCCGCUGUGACCCGUCGCCGUGCCGAGGCUUCCCUCAGAGGAGCUCCAUCCGUUUCUUCUGCGAGCCCGGGUACCACAUCAGCAGCAAGGUCCCCGUCUCCAGGUGUCGGCACGGGAGGUGGACGCCUCCGAUACCUUACUGCCUCACCAUCAGAGACGGCCCCAACAUGAAAUCCGACGACAGCCUGAACGACUCGAUGCCCAGCAUGGCCACGACGGCGGUGGGCGUGUCCAUCUUCCUUCUCACCACCACUGCCUGCUUGGUCAUCAAGUCCCGCCUCUACCCCUGUCAAUCACACAGCCGUCGCUCCUCGGACCAGCUGGACCUGAUGGUGGACGGACUCCCCGUGUCCCUGCCGUCCUACGAGGAGGCCGUGUACGGGAGCUGGGGCCAGCGCAUCCCAGCGUGCUCGGCCCCCGGACCCACGCAGCUCCUCCUGGCCCAGGAGGCCCCCGGCUACCAGCCUCCACCGGACGGCAGCCACCGGCCCCUCCUGUCCGGACAGAGCCCCGACAACCCGCCGCCGCCUUACGAGGAGGUCCAGUCCUCCCGUCCCAGGGACAGGGCGAGCGGCAGGCAGCUGCACUCCGUCUCAGACGACAAGGACACUUGAUCGUGGGGGGGGGGGGGUUUCACGGCACACACCGAAGUUUGACAGUUGAUUACUGCAGCGUUUACUCUGCAGAUAAACGGGGACUGACAGCAGACUCCUGUACUGCCUGCACUUUUCCUGGUUUGCUGCAGCUCACCAGCAUCAGGACCUCUCACAUGCUAUUUUAGACAAAGCUGAUAAGUUCUGAAUUGGCUGGUUUGGUCACAAACGCUUGACAAACCGAUCAGGACUGGAGCACAUUUAGAAAAGAGAAGCUGAUUGUAUAGUGUAUUUGUGUGAAUGUGUGCGUCUCUGCUGCUGAGAUGCGGCCUUGUGUUCACGACGACGCGUCUUAAAUGUUCGGGACCGUGAGCUUUUUCACAGCAGUGAUGCGAUUGUGCGACUGUGUGUGUGUGUGUGUGUGUGAGUGUUUUCAGUGUCGUUCUGGAGACGUUGUUCAUCCUUCCCGUCAGUGACGGGUGUUUGAUCCAGGCUUCGUUCGUGAAGUCAGCAUCACGCUGUUACAGUAAACCUGUGUGUUUCCAUGGCGACCGUCUCCGUACCGCUUGUGUCCGAGGCGUUUUGUCUCCGAGAAUGCGAUGAGACUGUGGAGCGCAGGCUGUUGAUCUGAAGCCAGCGAUGGGACGCACAGACGCUCGGGCGACUUCGUCACAGCAACAGCUUGUUGGGAUGUUAAUUUAAAUAAAUAAAUAAAUGAAUUAAAUGUUCAUGUUUUGUACAGCAGAUAUUUAAAGAGACACUGCGUGGAAACCAGACUCUCAGGUCUCUACGAGUGUUUCUCAUGUGUUCAUUCAGUGGUGAGUGAAGUAAAAAAAAAAAAUUAUUUAAUGUUUUAAUUAAUUUAAAUCAAUCUUUCUGUUUACUGAUUGAAAUGAAAAGUAAAUCAGAGGAGACACACGAACACUUUAAUCAAGAUGAUCAUCAACGAGUUUUCAUUCCACAGCGUAACAGAGAAUAAUGAUCUGGUUCCUCUCGGUCUCUGAGCGACCGACGCCUUCACAGACCUUGAAUGUAUUUUAUUUCCUAUUUUAUGAUACAGUAUAUAUAUAUAUAUAAAUAUAUAUAUGAAAAGCUAAAGUAUUAAAUCGAUUGUGAUAUUUACAGAAUGAUUAUUUGUACAUUGCACAGAAUUAUAUGAUCAAUAAAUGUCGAGGUGUUUCUUUGUUUGA